ACUUUUUCUCUUGCGGAUAUGGGCGGCUUGUGAGUGGUCCAGAGGGUUCCCAACCUGGAGACAUCAUGAGGUAGACUCUCCUGUUUUUGUAUAUUUUAGUGAGACUUUUCGAGUCUCUGUCUUGUUUUUCUCUUGUAACAUUUUUGUCAAUAAUGAGAGCCAUUUGGCGGUUGCAACACUGUAAAAACUUCAUAUCUUUAAACAAGCUCAAUUCUCAGACGUUGCCACUUGGACUAUUUUCGAUACCCUCUUUUCGUUUUCGGGUGGCUAUAUCCGCGAAAUCUCACAUCUCGACUGCUUCUUUCAUUUCUCCAAGUAAUCGCCAAGAAACAGUCAUGUCUGAAUCAAAACCUCAAGAAGAGGCAAAGCCUGUCGAAAAUGUUGAGACAAAGACGGAGGAGGAGUUACCACCACUGUCGGAUCAUGAGUUUAAGAUCUAUAAUCGAGCGGCCGACCAUAUGGAAUAUUUUCACAACAACUUCCGAAGAUCAUGGAACCUCCUAUGGAAUGCAUGCGCCAACAACCGUCGACCUCAAGGCAUGUCACUGAAGCAGUUCAUCAUGGAAGGUCUACAAUUCGCCGAGCAUCUCACUAUGCACCACAACAUCGAGGAGACAUACAUCUUCCCCGUGCUAGCCAAGAAGAUGCCUGAAUUCCGAGGAGGACGCGCCGAACUUCUUCGCCAGCACAAGCAGAUCCAUGCAGGUCUGGACCAUUUCGAAGAAUACCUCAAGAAAUGCAGGACUGGGGACGAGGAGUUUGAACUCAGUGUGCUCAAGACAAAGAUGGAGACUUGGGGUGAGGUGCUAUGGAAGCAUCUGGAUCAAGAGGUUGAGACUUUGGGGGCAAAUAAUAUGAGAAAAUACUGGACCAAGGAGGAGGUGAUGAGAUUACCCAUGUGAGAGAAGCUUUGAAUGCGCCUAUGACUUGUUAUUUAGCUGCGCUGUUAAUCAAUGUACACAUAAGCCGCAGAAAAUGUGUCAUGGCAAAAGAUUCCAUAGAUACUUAAUGCUGCUCAAGGGCGUCAAUGAUAUGUAGAUGGGAUACAAAGACUUAGAUGGGGCUCUCAACUCGAG